AAGCUACAUUAAUUUCUGAGGCUGCACAAUGGCACUUUUUCAUCCAAAUGGAGCAGAGACAGGUGUCUCUGUUGACAAAUAGAGACAGUCUGUUUACCAUAGUUCUGAGGCUCCUAUGCUCUAGGGCUAUGGGGUGCAUGAGAAAGAUGGACCCCUUACUUUAUCAUAUCUCUCUUGAGAACCUGGGAGGCAUGUGGCCUCUUUCCUACAUUUGGUUAAGCUUUGAGAACCCUGACUUGGGUCUGAGUGGGGGUUGGCCCAGGCAGGAGAGAACCUGGGGAAGGGUUCUGGCCUCCCUUUAUAUGGAGUAGCUGAAAGUGAGCACACUCCCCCUACAGUCACCAGUGACUCAGACCAGCUGGGAUUCAUGUGGAAACAGGAUGUAUAUGCCCUGGCAGGGGCGGGGCAACUGGGUGGAAGGAUCCCUGUGCUCAUAGAACUCCAUCAUCCAGGCACUUACUGUCUGAACCAGGUAGACAGCGUGUAUACAGACCAGGCCCUCCUAGCCAGGCCUAUACAGACUGCUGAGGUUAGGGUCCUAGACCAGUCAGGAAAUGACUGCCUCACACCAAUCCGCCUACCUAGGACCUAGAAAACCUGGGCCCUCACUGGAAGGUUUCCUUCAGAAAGGGCCCAACCCGGGCCCAGAGAGAAGACUCCUCCUGCCCCAGGGUAGGGGCAAGACGUCUUAUGGUCACGCCCACUGGCGGGAGGUGUUAGCAGACGGGACCGAGGACUCAGACCUGUCUACCUUCGCAGCCCAAGCUAGCAGCUGCCAUCCAUGGGGAACAGCCACUGCGUCCCUCAGACUCCCAGGAGGCUACGAGCCUCCUUUUCCAGAAAGCCCUCGCUCAAGGGAAACAGAGAGGACAGCUCCAGGAAGCUGGCCGGCCUGUUUGGCACCGAGGCUAGGCCUGAUGGGGACACCGCGGCUAACAAGAUCUUCCACUACAUCCCCGGGACGGACAUCCCGGGCCUGGAAAAUCAGCCAGAAAAUCUGGAACAGCCAUUCCUGAGUGUUUUCAAAAAGGGGUGGCGGAGGACACCCGUGAGGAACCUAGGCAAGGUUGUGCACUAUUCCAAGGUUCAGCUGCGGUUUCAGCACAGCCAGGACAUCAGCGACUGCUAUCUAGAGCUGUUCCCCUCCCACCUGUACUUCCAAGCCCAUGGUUCUGAAGGACUUACAUUCCAGGGGCUGCUACCACUGACAGAACUGAGCAUCUGCAGGAUUGAUGGGUCCAGAGAGCAUGCCUUCCAGAUUACAGGUGUGUGGAGAGUGCUGGCCUGGCCACCACUGGACCAGGACCCCUUGGAGAGGAGACUUUCCUGUGAGCUUCUAGGAGCUCUAAGCUUUGCCCCAGCCCACUUGACUCUUCUGCCCCCAGGCCCACUGCCUGCCCCGCUCCUUGUCCUCUGCCACAGUGAAGCUGAGCUCAGCCACUGGCUUUACCAUCUGGAGAAGCAAAUGGCUCUCUUGGGGGGUCUGCAACGCUGCCACUCAAGCCCCCCACAGAGUUCCCUAGGGGAUGAACUCCCCUGGACACGGCUAUGGAGAGUAUCCGGGUGUGAAUCCAUGGGCAGCGCAAUCUGUGCCUCAAGGGUCAAGCUGCAGCAUCUACCCUCUCAGGAGCAGUGGGACCGGAUUCUGGUACUAUACCCAGCAUCCCUGGCCAUCUUCUCUGAGGACCCAGAUGGACUUACCUUUAAGGGGGAGCUUCCGCUAAGUGCCAUCCACAUCAACCUAGAAGAGAAGGAAAAGGAGAUCCGCUCCUUUCUCAUCGAAGGUCGCCUCAUCAACACCAUCCGCGUGGUAUGUGCCAGUUACGAGGAUUACAGUCAAUGGCUGCUGUGCCUCCGGACUGUCUCUCACAGGGAUGGGGCCCACCUGCUGUCUGGCCCAGAGAAUUUCCCAGGACUACAUGGACCAACAAAGGCUGUGAGUAGAGGCCGAGGUCCACUCUCUUUCAAUGGACGAACCAGCUGGAAAUUAGAGUGUCCAGUGCUCCCCACCAGCCAAUCCCUCCCUGAAUCUUCAAUGCCAACCACUAUAGGCUUCCCUGCCCAGCCUGUACCUAACCAGACCAACUCUAACUGUGUCAGCACUGGUCGAAAGAAGACAGAGCUGAGGCACAGUGGGAGUAGCCAGUCACCCAGGGGCUCAGCUGUCCCACUGCCCCUGCACCUGGACCUAACUAAGGUGAGUGUGCUGGACUUAGACAACAGCUCAGAGGCUCAGGACCACUCUUCAGAUAUCCCACACUCCCCGCUGUAUGCUGAUCCCUACACACCACCAGCUACAUCUCACCGCAAGAUUACGGACCUCCAAGGCCUAGAUGAGCAGUUCUUCUGUGCGAUGCAGACAUCACCUGGACCUGAGCUAUCAAGCCCGUUCCCCUCAGUCUCCGUGUCUGUGCCUGUCUCUGACUCCUCCAGCUCUCCUAGGCCUCUGGGCUCCCAUUUGCUCUCCAAGAAAGGUGCCCUGCAAUCCAGAGCUUCCCAGAAACACCGGGGUUCCAUCAAGAACAGAGGGCCACGGCCUUCAGACCUCCCUCAGCUUGUCACCCCUGCCAGAGAAAGUACACCGAGUUCCCUGCCACCUCCCCCAGAUGAAGAGGCUCCCACCUGGAACAAGACUUCCUCUCCCUCCCCCCAGAAGUGGCCACAACUCAGGAAGACUCCAGUGGAGAUGGGACUCAUCCAGUGGAUCUAAUGAGCCCCAGGUGGGCUACUUCUUGGAAACAUAACCAGCCAUCACCAACCUGGACAAGGGUAUGCAGCCAUACCAGUCCUGUGACCUACAUUAAAUCCACCAGGGCCUCACCCUAACAGGUUGAGUCUCUAGAACUCUGAGGAUAGAAGCACCUCUCACCAGGUUCUAACUCAUCAGCUUUAGCAGCUAAAGCAACUAAGAGAACAAACCAGUGAGGGACAUCAGUGAGAUCCUGGAUAUCCCCAGGCUUAUAUCUUUAGGGAAGAAAGAAUGAAAGUACUAGGAACAGGUCUUAGAACUGGGGCACUGCAUGAGUGUGAAAUUCAAAGCACUAGAAAAGUCAGGUUGUCAAACUCAGCAUGUGACGUCAGAGGACACGAGGGCCAGAGGUCAGGAGGGUGACAGCUAUCACAAGAAGCAGAGGAGUAUCAGAAGACCUAGUACUGCUGGGUGCGUAGGGUAAGGCUGGUCAGAAAGAUUAACACCAUAAACAAGAAAAAGACUUUA